CUUCCUUGCCGCGGCUGAGCUCUCUAGGUGUGACUGGCUCUCAUAUACGAGUAGCUCACUCGACAUCAUCCUUUCGCCUCGUUCCCGGAGGGACGUGACUGUCUUUCCUCUUGUCUGCCUUCCAUCCAGGCCGCCGUGGCCAGACGCUCGCCCCGCCCGCUGACAUCACCGGCUAGCCCCGCCCCUCAAGGGUCCCGGGCCCUUGCGGCGGGGGCUGCCGGAGGGGAGACAGUUGAGGCGGCGGGAGCUUGGUGGAGGGCCGGCCAGGUGUCUGGUCCGGGCCAUGCCGAGGAAGAAGCCUUUCAGCGUGAAGCAGAAGAAGAAGCAGUUGCAGGACAAGCGGGACGGGAGCCGUGAGCGGCGGGAGGAGCAGACCGAUACCUCAGACGGGGAGUCUGUGACCCAUCAUAUCCGCAGGCUCAACCAGCAGCCUUCCCAGGGGCUGGGCCCACGAGGCUACGACCCAAAUCGAUACCGGUUGCAUUUUGAGCGGGACAGCAGGGAAGAGGUAGAGAGGAGAAAGAGGACAGCUCGAGAGCAAGUGCUACUGCCUGUUAGUGCUGAGAUGCUGGAACUGGACAUCAGGGAGGUGUAUCAGCCUGGCUCAGUCCUGGACUUUCCCCGACGUCCUCCUUGGAGCUAUGAGAUGUCCAAAGAACAACUGAUGAGUCAGGAGGAACGGAGCUUCCAGGAGUAUCUUGGGAAGAUUCACGGGGCUUAUACCUCUGAGAAACUCAGCUACUUUGAGCACAAUCUGGAGAUAUGGAGGCAGCUGUGGCGAGUUUUAGAGAUGUCUGACAUUGUCCUGCUCAUCACUGAUAUCCGGCAUCCAGUUGUGAAUUUCCCACCAGUAUUUUAUGAGUAUGUGACUGGAGAACUUGGACUGGCCCUUGUGCUGGUCCUGAACAAGGUGGAUUUGGCACCACCAGCUCUUGUGGUUGCCUGGAAGCAUUAUUUCCACCAACACUACCCCCAGCUCCACAUCGUUCUCUUCACCUCUUUCCCUCGGGAUCCCCGCUCCCCUCAGGACUCUGGUAGUGUCUUGAAGAAGAGUCGGAAGCGAGGGAGAGGGUGGACUCGGGCCCUAGGACCGGAGCAGUUGCUGAGAGCCUGUGAAGUCAUCACUGCAGGGAAAGUAGACUUGAAUAGCUGGCGGGAGAAGAUUGCUCGGGAUGUAGCUGGUGCCACCUGGGGUAAUGGCUCUGGGGAGGAAGAGGAAGAGGAUGAUGGGCCUGCAGUCCUGGUGGAGCAGCAGACUGAUUCAGCAAUGGAGCCAACUGGCCCAACCCGGGAGCGCUACAAGGAUGGGGUGGUGACCAUCGGCUGUGUGGGUUUCCCCAAUGUGGGAAAGUCCUCGCUGAUCAACGGACUGGUGGGGCGGAAGGUUGUGAGUGUCUCCCGAACACCGGGUCACACCCGAUACUUUCAAACCUACUUCCUCACUCCCUCUGUGAAGCUCUGUGACUGCCCAGGCCUCAUCUUCCCCUCUCUCCUGCCCAGGCAAUUGCAGGUUCUGGCAGGGAUCUACCCCAUCGCCCAAAUCCAGGAGCCAUACACGGCUGUGGGAUAUCUGGCAUCCCGAAUCCCUGUGCAAUCCCUACUCCGUCUGCGCCACCCAGAGGCUGAGGACUCCUCAGCAGGACAUGCGUGGUGUGCCUGGGACGUCUGUGAAGCCUGGGCAGAGAAACGAGGUUAUAAGACAGCCAAGGCAGCUCGGAAUGAUGUGUACAGAGCAGCCAACAGUCUCCUGCGACUAGCGGUGGAUGGCCGUCUCAGCCUGUGCUUUCAUCCCCCGGGCUACAGUGAGCAGAAAGGCACCUGGGAAUCCCAUCCAGAGACCAUGGAGCUGGUGGUUUUGCAGGGCAGGGUGGGGCCAGCAGGUGAUGAGGAAGAGGAGGAGGAAGAAGAGGAAGAACUGAGCAGCUCCUGUGAGGAAGAAGGAGAGGAAGACCGGGAUGCAGAUGAGGAAGGGGAAGGGGAUGAGGACACCCCAACCUCAGUCCCAGGGUCCAGCCUGGCUGCCCGAAACCCUUACACCCUUCUGGGUGAGGAUGAGUGCUGAGUCCCCACCCCUGCGCCAUCUUCCCCACCCAAUAUCUUUGCUUUUGGACUGACCUGGGAGUAUCUCCCCUCUGCUGCCCCAAUUGUGAAUAAAGAUUGUCUGCUUUGU